CUUCCCCUCUACAUCCACUGUUGACGUGACGAUUUACGACUUGAUCGCGCGAGAAUCACUACCGAUACUAUCGCAGGAAUAGCUUAUUAAAAUUAGACUUUUGGCUCUUUUUGAAAGCCCGACUUGCGAUCGUUCGUGCGACGGCACUCGACAUCGAUAAACCCCCACCUUAUUCUACAGAACCCGACCGAACCCUCUGAAUCCUCAAAAACACCGUCAAGAUGGCUCAAAAUCAACAUUGCCGUUUUUACGAGGAGAAGUACCCGGAGAUCGAUAGCUUCGUCAUGGUCAAUGUCAAGCAGAUCGCCGAAAUGGGUGCCUACGUUAAGCUUCUAGAGUACGACAACAUUGACGGCAUGAUCCUGCUCUCCGAGCUUUCGCGAAGACGUAUUCGAAGUAUCCAGAAGCUCAUCCGGGUUGGUCGCAACGAGGUCGUCGUGGUGCUCCGUGUCGACAAGGAGAAGGGUUACAUCGAUCUUUCCAAGCGACGAGUCUCCCCCGAGGAUAUCGUUAAGUGCGAGGAGCGAUACAACAAGAGCAAGAUGGUCCACUCUAUCAUGGUGCAUCUCGCCGAGAAGACCAAGCUCGAUAUCGAGAGCCUCUAUGAGGCCAUUGCUUGGCCCCUAAACAAGCGAUACGGACAUGCCAUCGACGCUUUCAAGCUUUCCAUCACGAACCCCGAGGUCUGGAACGAUAUUACCUUCCCCAACGAGGUGGCCAAGGAGGAGCUCAAGUCAUACAUCGGAAAGCGUCUUACUCCCCAGCCCACCAAGAUCCGAGCCGAUAUCGAGGUCACUUGCUUCGGAUACGAGGGAAUCGACGCCGUCAAGACUGCUCUCCGCACAGCCGAGGCCCACAGCACCGAUGACACCCAAGUCAAGGUCAAGCUCGUGUCUCCGCCUCUCUACGUUCUUACAUGCUCGACCUUGGACAAGAACGUUGGUAUUACUUGCUUGGGAGAGGCCAUCGUCGAUGUCCGAAAGAGCAUCGAGGGUGCCGGUGGUAACUUGACAGUCAAGAUGGAGCCCAAGGCCGUCACCGAGAGCGAUGACGCUGAGCUUCAAGCAUUGAUGGAGAAGCGUGAGCGCGAGAAUGCCGAGGUCAGCGGUGACGAGAGCAUGAGCGACAGCGACGAAAACAUCCCUGAGACCAUCUAGGUCAUGGACAGACGAAGAGUCUCCAGGUCAGGAUGAGUCGGCAAGACUGUUAGAGCCAUGCCAAAGUAGCCCGCGCACGAGCGGGUUGUUGGACACGGAAAAGGGUGUAAUAGAGGGCGUCUGGGAGGCUGAAAGGAAGCAUGUAUCCCGGAGUGCAAAGCAUCACUAAAAGUCCAGACUUUCAUGUAGUUCUUCCGAUGGUAGGAAGUGGCGUCUGAAACGGCGUUGAUAACGAACAGUUCUUUGAUUACUUGAGACACCGUCUUUUCAUUGUGA